CCGUGGUUAUUCUGUUACGAUACGAGCCUUCGAGCGGUUCUGUGAGGUUAGCGAAUCGGAGAGUUUCAGCGAUUGCCAUGGACAAGAUCGGCAAAUCUGUAAGGAAACUGUGGAAAGCGAUGGGAAAACAAAUUAGAAGCAGCAAACCCACAAAAGCAGGAAGAAGAUGGAAGGACAUUUACCGCCUGGGGAAAAAGAAGUCGUCCAGAUCAGAGGACCAGACAGCAUCCACUUAUAGGUCGAAGCCACUGGAUGAUUCUGCGGGCUGUAGCUCCGCUCCGCAAAAUUUUGAGAGUGUAGACCUCAAUGAACAAAUUCGGAGCGUGGAUGAUGUUGAUCGGGCAGCCAACUUGAGGAGGUGUCCAGCCUUGGAAGAAGACUGUGUCGCCGUCAGAUGGGAACGCGAUGCUCUGAAGAGAACAGUGAAAGAGCUGGAAAUAAAACUGCAGGUCAAACAAGGAACACUAGAGCGGAGGAAUCUUUAUUUAGAAGAGGAUCCUUCUGCACUGUUCGCUGAAAAUAAUUCUUUCUUAGCUGAAGUUCAGGAUCUCCACGACGCACGCACUACCGAAACGUCAGAAAUGAUGGUGUAUUUCGGAAAGCAGACCACGGUCUUAGCUGAUCGUCUCCUAGCCGAAAUAUUGGCGAUCGAACGUUCCUUCGUUCAGGCAAAUAGCGAUAUUUCGCAGGUGAAAGGAGAGAUGAGAAUUUAUGAAGACGCCUUCAAAUUGAUGCAAGCGACAUUUGAGGCCCUGGUGGCGGAAAAGGACAGGUUAGAAACGAAAUUGCGUAAUCAGGAGGGAGCCCUCAUUGCUGAAAGCGCCGCCAUGGUUAAGGAACGUUUACAGAAAUUUGCAAGCAAGAAGGAGCGGUUGUGGCGUAAAGUGUUGGACAUUGGUCGUAAGAACGUCACCCUGAAGAAGGACUUGCAAUUCACAGACGAAGAAAAUAUUUACGAAGCUUCCAAUCAGCAGCUGGAGGAAACAGUCGCUGACCAGAUUACAGAACUUUGUGUUGUGAAGCCUCAGACAACAAAUGGCGAUGAAAAUCAAAAUGAACAAAGCAAUGGCAGCAAGUCACUCGCCCUGAAGAAGGAAGACAAAAAUGUUUAGUUGGUUUCGAACAGCAGAUCGUUUCUGAACUUGAUCUCAUUGAAAGAGAGUACAGUGGUCUUUAAAAAGAGCUCUGUCAGGCGAUGUUACAACUUUCAAAGUCCAGACAAAGAGAAAAUUCCACUAUUCUUCAAUUGGAGGAUCGGACGGCCCUUCUGACUUCAGCGGCGGCGGCGAAACGCAGAGGAAAGAAGAAGUGGUGGAAAUUGCGUUCCUCCGGGGAAAAAGUGUGUAUAAACUCAGUAGUAACUCAGUCUAUACAAAUUCGAAUGAGAGAAUGACAAUGAACAAAAAAGUGUAAAUUAUGAAGCAGACGUCGCCUAAUUUAAACUUUCUCUGGGCAUUAGCCUGGAGGGACUGAGUAAAACCACCAACAGGAUUUAAACCCUAGAGCACCCAAACACAAGACAGGACAAUUACACAAACAAACAAACUCUCUUCGUGAGCUGUCAAAAUGUUGACCUUCACGAUUCGAAAAAGUUCAUCAACGCACUCACAAAACCCCAAAAACUUAAUUUGAAUGACGGGGAAUGUCAAAUCCAAUCGUACUUUUUCUCAACUUCCAUUUUAAUAUUAUCCUUCCAUUUAAGGCUAGAUAUGAGACUGUGGAUCCUUACUUUAACGCGCUAUUAUCACGUUGGUUUCUAGUCCUUUGCUCACCAGCGCAUUUGACAGCGAAACACUUGAAGGAAUCACCACCUGAAAUAUCUCAUUGGCGUACCUGUGAUUUAUUUGUGGUUAGUUAACAGUAACGGAGGACGUUAGUUGAAGUGGUGGAGAGAGAUAGAAAAGGCAUAUAAGGCAAAGGUAGAAAUAGAGGGAGAGAGAGGUAAAUAGGCAAAAGUCAAUAUUCUUUUAAGUAAACGAACAUAAUAUCUAGUGUAAUGACAUCGCCGCAAACUCAAAACACAACAUAAAUUAAUAAACAACAGUUAAUAGCGUGAAUCGGUAAGGGAUUUAGUUCGUGAAAUCUUUAGUGGGGGUCGCUCUGUUUGUCUCUCCAUUAAUUCUCGUAGAAAGUUAGAACACGUAAAUAAAAAUGUUAAAAUCAU